AUGUCUCACCCAGAAUCUCGCUACUCCUUUGAUGUCCCAAACCCUUGCAUCAACUUUGCGACUCUGAGCGAUGAUGAUGUAUACAAUGCAGACUCCUGGUUUGACCAAAAAGCCAAUCAGGAGAAUGUCCCUCCUGCAGAAAAUCUGGCAAAGGUCUCGCAGAACAGCCCUGCUUCUUCAAAGACUGAUGUUAUUCCUCGCAAUGUGACAGAAGACGGAAUACUAAUGAGUGAAAGCCAUGGUGAAGAGGACAGUGAAGCAGAAUCUGUGCAGGCCAGUGCAGUUCCUCAGAAUAUUGUUGGAUCUCUGACGAGCUGGAGAGCUGCUGCUCCUGCAGAAGCCUGUGAAAGAGCGGGUAGAAGACAGGCUACAAAGCAGAGAAAAACACAGCAAUGCAAACAACCAGCUAGAAUCAAAGUGGAGAGAAACGCUAAUGCCUUGGUUCAUAAGGAAGAGGUUCCACCCCUGAAAAAAAUGAGAAUCCGUAGAGUACCAGGGAAAACUAGAUGAUCUAUACCUGGGCCUGUAGUGAGUUCUAGCAGCAGAGAGAAGCUGACAGAAGUAUCCACGAAGGGAGAACCCCUGCAGAAUCCUGAUCUCUCUCCAAGGAGAGGGAAAAGCAAACUGACCAUGCCCUCCACGCCAACAAUGUUAAAGAGGACCAAUCUUUCUGGCAAGCUGAAGAGUACAGAGGAGCAGGAGCUGGAAAAGAUGCAGCAGUUGCAGCAGGAGGUUAUGGAGCUGCGGAAGAAGAACGAGGAGUCUUUGAAAGCAGCUAUCGCUGGAGCAGGACAACCUGUGAAGAGAACUGUUGGUCAAGUAACAAAGCCAAUUGACUUCCACUUCUGCACAGAGAAUAGAAUUAAACAACAUGUGGAAAGCCAGCCUGGGAAUGAGUACAAGGAACUGGAUUUUGCGGCAGUACUGAGAAAGCAUCCUCCUUCUCCGGGCCGAAUGCUGAAGGGACCCACUAUCCCCAAACCAUUUAAUCUGUCCCAGGGAAACAAAAGAAAACUUGAAGAAACCACAUCAGAAUACGUGUCCCUUGCUGAGCAGGUAGAAGCAUUCCAAAAACGCACACCCUCUCGUUACCAUUUGAGGAGCAGGAAAUCUGAAGAAGGCCCGGUUGCAGGAAAGUUGGUGAAGGCUCGGCUUACAAACCCCAAAACGCCAGUGCUUCUAACAAAGCAACGCUUCAGACCUGUCACCUGCAAAACUACAGCAGAGUUAGAAGCAGAGGAAAUGGAGAAAAUUCAACAGUACAAAUUCAAAGCACGAGAACUCGAUCACAAAAUCUUUGAGGGUGGACCACUCCUGCCCAAAAAACCCCCUGUGAAGGAACUCACGCAACCCAUUGGCUUUGAGUUGGAAAUAGAAAAGCGGAUUCAGGAGCGUGAGAGUAAGAAGCAGCAGGAAGAAGAGCACUUUGAAUUCCAUUCCAGGCCAUGUCCAACGAAAAUCCUGGAGGAUGUUGUGGGUGUUCCAGAGAAGAAAGCACUUCCUGUUACAGUCCCCAAGUCUCCGGUCUUCACCUUGAAAAGCAGAACCCGAAUGCCUGGCAAAGAUGAAGACAAGGAAAAAGAGGUGGUCCCUGUGAUCAAAGCUAACCCUAUGCCACACUAUGGAGUGCCCUUCAAACCUAAAAUGCCAGAGCAGAGGCAUGUGGAAGUUUGCCCCUUCUCUUUCGAUGCCCGUGACAGAGAGCGGCAAAUACAAAAAGAGAAAAAAAUAGAAGAAUUGCAGAAAGAAGAGGUGCCAAAGUUCAAAGCGCUACCUCUGCCUUACUUUGACCAUGUUAAGCUGCCAGAAAAGAAGGUCAAAAACCCAACUCAGCCUGAACCGUUCAAUCUGCAGAUAGAUGAACGGGGAGCUGCCAAGCUGCAGAGCUGGAAAGAGCAGCUUAAAGAAGACUUGAAAAGGCAGAAAGAGGCGGCUUGUUUUAAAGCUCGUCCCAAUACAGUGGUGUACCAGGAGCCUUUUGUGCCUAAAAAAGAAAAUAAGCUGCUAUCAGAGAGCCUUUCUGGUUCCAUAGUUCCUGAAAGCUUUGAGCUGGCAACGGAAAAAAGAGCUAAAGAGCGGCAAGAAUUUGAAAAAAGAUUGGCAGCUAUAGGAGCCAUAAGGGAGAGGCAUCAAGAGCAGGUCAGACAGCAACAAGAGAAGCGUGAAAAGGAAGAAGUUGCUAAGCUAAGACAAGAACUGGUUCACAAGGCAAACCCAAUACGCAAAUACCGUAGCAUAGAAGUGAAGCCCAGUGAUCAGCCACUGACUAUGCCGAAGUCACCCAACUUUUCGGAUAGAUUCCGGUGCUGAUAUGCAUCUGCGUUGAUACUAGGAGGGAGAUCCCAUCCCUCUCUGCCCUCUUGAUAGGCAGGGAGGGAAGAGUUGCUUUUACGUGACUGCUCAGUCUCAACUCCUA